GAGGAGUUCAAGAAGGGAAAGUCCCAUCUGGCCAUCGUGCAGCGGGUGAACAACGAAGGGGAAGGAGACCCAUUCUACGAGGUGAUGGGCAUUGUCACCCUGGAGGAUGUCAUUGAGGAGAUCAUCAAGUCCGAGAUCCUGGAUGAGACGGAUCUGUACACAGACAAUCGGAAGAAGGAGCGGGUGCCCCACCGGGGACGCAAGCCCCAGGACUUCUCCAUCUUCAGGCUCUCAGAGAGUGAGAUGAAAGUCAAGAUCUCCCCGCAGCUCCUCCUGGCUACACAUCGGUUCAUGGCAACAGAAGUGGAGCCUUUCAAGUCCCCUUACCUCUCCGAGAAGAUCCUGCUGCGGCUCCUAAAACACCCCAACGUCAUCCAGGAGCUCAAGUAUGACCGAAAGAACAAGAAGGCAGCAGAGCAUUACCUCUACCAGCGCAACCGCCCCGUUGACUACUUCGUCCUCAUCCUGCAGGGGAAAGUGGAGGUGGAAGUUGGCAAGGAAGGGCUGCGGUUUGAGAAUGGAGCAUUCACCUACUAUGGUGUCCCUGCCAUCAUGGCUGUGUUCUCCUCAGAUAAUGACAUGCGGAAAGUGGGCAGCCUGGCUGGAUCCUCCUUCCUAUUGAACAGGUCACCGUCACGGUGCAGUGGGCUCAACCGCUCUGAGUCCCCCAACCGGGAGCACAGCGACUAUGGGGGCAGCACCACGCAGCUCCACAGUGGCUGCAACAACAUCUACACGCCCGACUACUCCGUGCACAUCCCCUGCGACGUGCAGUUUGUCAAGGGGGCGGUCACCCGGCAGCAGUACCACAACGCGCUGGUGGCCAGCCGCAUGGACAGCUCGCCCCAGUCCCCUGACAUGGAGGCCUUCGACAGGGAUUCAACCAAGGCCUCAACCAUGCGGGGAACCCCACAGACGCCCAAGGAGGACCCCACCAUCCUACUGAAUGAGAGGAACAGCAUCAUGUGUGAGUCACUCAGCAGCAUCCUUUCCCUGACGCAGGGGCUGCACAGUCCCAGUGAGUCAGUGUUCUUGCGCAUGGAGGGCAUCCCCUUCAUUCAGGAAGAGCUGGCUGACAAUGAGGAGAACAGCAAGCGGCAGAGUGAGUCUGGCCGGGUUGAGGUGCCACGCUGGGCUUUUGCAGACAGUGAGUGCUGCGGCACCGUUGUGGAGGCAGAGUCCCCAGGCAGAGAGGCUGCGACCAGCUCAUCGCCGAGCAGCUCUGAGGAGACACUGGGCAGGAGGCUUCUGAGAUCCCUCAGUGGGCGCAAGCAGCAGCUGUCACCAGAGGAUGAGAAGACGCCAGAGGAGAGCUCCAAUCUUGCCCCAUUAAUCACCUGA